AUGUUGACACGACUCACUGUGGUUUCUUCUUCUCCAGAUCCGACCUCUUCGGAGUCCACCCUUCUCCCAGGGGGCCAUACUCUCCUCCCACCAGCCAGUUUUCACGAAUCCGUGACCUUCAAGGAUGUGAUAGUGGAUUUUACCCAGGAGGAAUGGAAACAGCUGGACCCUGUACAGAGAGACUUGUUCAGGGAUGUGACGCUGGAGAAUUAUACACACCUUGUCUCUAUAGGACUCCAAGUCUCCAAACCUGACGUGAUUUCCCAGUUAGAACAAGGGACGGAGCCAUGGGUGGUGGAGUCCGGUGUUCCGGGAGCUACUGGCGGGGACCAUGACAUCGGACCAGAAGAUAGCCAAGCAGUCCCAGAGCCGGACAUUUCUGAAGAGCAGCCGUGUCACGGGGCAGUGGUGGAAAACCACAAAAGGGAAGACCCUCACGGUUCUGACUUUUCAGAAAGUUGGGGGUACGAAGGCAGUCUGGAGAAGCGUCAGGCACACCGGCAGGCGCUGCCAAGAGAAAUAAAAAUAACCGAAAAGACAAUACCCACUUGGGAGAGAGGCCCUAUAAAUAAGGACUUUGAAAAAAGCAUCAGUGUAAGCUCAAACCUUGUGACACAAGAAACAUCUGCAGAAGAGACCGCUACUAAGACGAGCGUCAGGCAGAAUACAAACCCGGUCAGAAAAGAGAAAUCUUGUAAGUGCAACGAAUGCGGGAAAGCGUUCAGUUACUGUUCUGCUCUCAUUCGCCAUCAGAGGACGCACACCGGGGAGAAGCCUUACAAAUGUAACGAAUGUGAAAAAGCCUUCAGCCGGAGUGAAAACCUUAUCAACCAUCAAAGAAUUCACACUGGAGAUAAACCCUACAAAUGUGAUCAGUGUGGGAAGGGCUUCAUUGAGGGUCCGUCUCUUACUCAACAUCAAAGAAUCCACACUGGAGAAAAACCCUAUAAAUGUGACGAAUGUGGGAAAGCCUUCAGUCAGAGGACCCAUCUUGUGCAGCACCAGAGGAUUCAUACUGGGGAGAAACCGUACACCUGCAAUGAAUGUGGAAAAGCCUUCAGCCAGAGAGGCCACUUUAUGGAACAUCAGAAAAUUCACACAGGAGAAAAACCUUUCAAAUGUGAUGAGUGUGACAAAACCUUCACCAGGAGCACGCACCUUACUCAGCAUCAAAAAAUUCACACCGGGGAGAAGACCUAUAAAUGCAACGAAUGCGGGAAGGCCUUCAAUGGGCCCUCGACGUUUAUUCGUCACCAUAUGAUCCAUACUGGUGAAAAACCCUACGAGUGCAACGAAUGUGGGAAAGCCUUCAGUCAGCACUCCAACCUCACCCAACAUCAGAAGACACACACCGGGGAGAAGCCGUACGACUGCGCCGAAUGCGGAAAGUCCUUCAGUUACUGGUCCUCCCUCGCCCAACAUCUGAAAAUUCACACCGGAGAGAAACCUUACAAGUGCAACGAAUGCGGGAAGGCCUUCAGUUACUGCUCGUCCCUGACGCAGCAUCGGAGAAUUCACACCAGGGAAAAGCCCUUUGAGUGCAAUGAGUGCGGAAAGGCUUUCAGUUAUCUCUCCAACCUGAAUCAACAUCAGAAGACUCACACCCAGGAGAAAGCUUAUGAAUGUAAGGAGUGUGGGAAAGCCUUUAUCCGGAGUUCAUCUCUUGCCAAACACGAGAGAAUUCACACCGGUGAGAAGCCCUAUCAGUGUCACGAAUGUGGGAAAACCUUCAGUUACGGCUCCUCCCUGAUUCAGCACAGGAAGAUACACACCGGAGAAAGACCUUACAAGUGUAACGAGUGCGGGAGAGCCUUCAACCAGAACAUACACCUCACGCAACACAAGCGGAUUCACACGGGAGCAAAGCCUUAUGAGUGCGCGGAGUGUGGCAAAGCCUUCCGGCACUGUUCCUCUCUUGCUCAACAUCAGAAGACUCACACGGAAGAAAAACCCUACCGGUGUAAUAAAUGCGAAAAGGCUUUCAGCCAGAGCUCUCACCUGACUCAGCACCAGCGAGUUCACACGGGAGAGAAGCCCUACAAGUGCAACGAGUGCGACAGAGCCUUCAGCCGCAGCACGCACCUGACCGAACACCAGAACACGCACACGGGGGAGAAACCUUAUAACUGUAACGAGUGCAGGAAGACUUUCAGCCAGAGCACGUACCUCAUCCAGCACCAGAGGAUUCAUUCGGGAGAGAAGCCCUUUGGAUGUAGCGACUGCGGGAAAGCCUUCCGAUACCGCUCUGCUCUCAACAAGCACCAGAGACUGCACCCGGGCAUAUGA